AUGGCCAGCACCAACGCGCAGGCCGACGGGGCUGCCAGCAGCGACACCGCAAACGAAGGGCUGCUGGUGCUGGUGAUCGACACCAAUCCGGUGCACUGGUUCGCGCAGGGCGGCAGCGCGGCGGACCGCGCGGGGCUGCAGCAGCUCAUCUCCAGCACGCUCGUGUUCGUGAACUCGUACCUGCUGCUGCACCGCAGCAACCGCAUCGUGAUCAUCGCAGCCCAUGCUGGCAAGAGCGCGAUGCUGUACCCAGACCCAGAGCAGGACGACACGACUGGGAGCGCCGAACAGGCUGCCAGGGUGAACGCUGGCGUCAUGCAGCGGCUGCAGCAGCUGAGCGACGCUCCGCUCGACCCGGCCAAGCCCAACCGAACGGCCAUUGCCGCGUCACUGUCGCGUGCUCUUUGCUUCAUCAACCGCGCCAUCAACGAGGAGCCGGAUCUGCGACCGCGGAUCUUGGUCGUCCAGAAGUCUCCGGACGUGUCGGAGCACUACAUCGCCAUCAUGAACGGCAUCUUCUCGGCCCAGAAGAAGAGCGUUGCGGUCGACGCCUGCAUCCUUGCAAACGAGCACUCGUCGUUCAUGCAGCAAGCAGCGUAUCUUACGGGCGGCAUCUACUACAAGCCCAACGACCACAGCGGCCUGCUGCAGUAUCUCAUCUCGAUCUACCUGCCAGACCCGUCCAUGCGCAAGCUGCUGAAGCUUCCGUCACAGGACUCGGUGGACUUCCGCGCAAUGUGCUUCUGCCACCGAGAGGUCAUCUCCACGGCGUACGUGUGCCCCGUGUGCCUGUCGCUGUUUUGCGAGUUCCGACCCAUCUGCUCCACGUGCGGCAUCCGCAGCCACAUCCAGCCCAAGAAGAACGGCUUGCUGAAGAAGCGCCCGCGCGUUGCCUAA